AUGAAGCUUCAAGUGUGUUUUCUGCUGCUGUUAUUUGAAACUGUUAAAGGAAAACAACUGUUUCCAGAAAUUCGAGACACCGAUGAUCCAACAACUGCAGCUGUCAAACGAGGCAUAAAAGAAAUGCAUAUUUAUCAAACAUGGGAACCGAAAAAGCCAAUUAAAACAAAAGAAAAUUUUUGGAAUAUGAGCAGUAAAAACGAGGCUUAUGUUGUCCCGUUAGGUGAGGCAGCUUUCUCAUCUCAUUCGCUGGUUUCUGUCAAUUCAGACUGCAAUAUGCCAGGAUAUACAGGAGUUAACUGCGAAUUUCUAAUACUUUAUCAAAUUAUUAUUUACUGCAUAUCUUUUGAUAAAUUAACAUUAUCUGUUACAGCGAUCUGUGAAGCAACAAAUCCAGAUGUUCAACCAGCCCCACCUUCCUCAGAUGUUGUCAGUGAAGGAGUAAUGACAGAUGCAAUAAUGCUAGAAGAUUGUUCGAGUUCAAUGACAACAGUGCUUGAUAAAGAUAUGUAUGAAAUUACAAUAAUUAUUGAAGCCAAUGCCAAAGUUUAUCCAAAAUUUACACUGCGCAACAUGUCAGGAAAACAGAUUAGUCCAGUCGAAGAAAUUGUGAGUCCAGCAGGACGGUCUUACGACGCAACUUUUGCACCACAGCAGCCCGGUGUUUAUGUUGUUCAAGCCUCAAGUAGCGGUUCAGCUUCCUGUUUUGUUAUAGUCAGGGCAGUGACCAAUUUAUUGACUGUUGGUGGAUUUGCAACCAAAAACGGCUCUCUUGCGUCAAAUAGAAAUGAUUUCCCUGGAAAAAGUGCGACUGCUAAUCAACCAACAACUUUUGUCAUUCAUGCAGCAAAUCUGAGAAGCCCUGGAAGUCUUGACACAGUCACAGUUUUCGAAAACUUCAAUGUUAUGGCACGUCCACAGCAGCUUCUGGUUCGCUACAACUGCGCAUACGAAUAUUUCAUCGAGCACUUUUUCUGUACCGAUACAAGUGGCAGUUAUUAUUACCGAGUUGACGGCAUUGACUUCUGGGGCAAUAGGUUCAGAAGAAUUGGACAAUUUAACUGCUUACCUGGUCCUUCGGGUCCAACCUCUAAACCAUCUCCUGAACCUGGACCGAAAGAAUGUCAGAAUGGUGGCAAACUUUUGCAAAACUCAGACGGAACAAAUUAUUGCUAUUGCCAAGGAUUUUAUUCAGGAAGUCGUUGUGAAAGGAUAUUGUGUAUGAAUGGUGGAACUACAAUAGAUGGUUCUACAUGCAUAUGCUCUCGUGGCUUUUCAGGAGUACAUUGUGAAGAUGUAAAAUGUAUACAACCAGCUGGCUACGGAUUUAACACUGACCAUCCAACACUAAUUCUUAUUGUUCGGAUAAAAUCUUCAAUGGAAAACGUUGUUAAAAAGCAGUUGAAUCAACAGCUGUGGAAUAUUUACAAUUAUUACCAGGCUGUAGAUCGAGACUAUUUCAAACGAUUCGCUUUAAUAUUGUUCAACAAUAACAAGAUUGUAAAGACGCUCAGUACAAUGAAAAUUGAUGACGUUAUUUCUGCUUUGAAUAACGUAUCUCUGGAGGAUACCAGAAAGUGCGAAGACUCGGUGUUCACGGCGAUAGAAAUGUCACUAACAUCGUUUUUGAUUACCAACCGUUCACCAAUUUAUGUCUUUACUGAUGCACUGCCAAAUGAUGAAGACGAAUUUGAAACUAUAUUUCACCUGAAUACUUAUUGGAGAGCUCCGAUUUAUGUUAUUCUUCUGGAACCUUCUGUGGGAACUGGCUGUACUAUGGACUUAUAUCAUACAGCUUACUCAAAACUGGUUGACGUAACCAAGCGAACAUCCGGACAUGUCUUUUAUAUACCAAACAAUAAAACAGGCUUAGCGGGAAAGUUGUUUUAUGGACAUAUGCUUCACGUUUUUCACCGAUCGAGUCUUGUGCACUCAUACGACGCCGACAGAUGCCAACAAAAACCAAAAUACCAACCAGUAUCAGUUGACAGACUGCUUAACGAAAUUGUUGUGACUGCUGUUGGAAGUACGAGGGACUCAGUUAGCACUUCGCCAAACACAGAAUGCAGCUAUCGAAUCUACUCGACACAAAGCAGUUCUAGACAACAAUAUGAGUAUGAUCUGUUUUGGGGAUUUACACCUGGCCUUAUUUGGGACGGUCCUUAUUUGCAGCCUGUUGCAGGCGAAGCAAUGAGUCUGGUCGCUCAUAUAAACAACUACAAUCUCUUGGAGCCGUCUAAAGUUUUUGCAGAAUUGCUUGUUUACAAGCAGUCAGAAACCGGAAGAGAAAAUGUUUUUGCUAGUAAUGGAAUUUGGCGACUUGAAUGUGACUACACACUCUAUUUCGCUCCGAUGACAUGCAACUUCCCCAAUGAAAUGCUUUACUUUACUAUAUUCGUUCGAGAUGAACUUGGGACUAUGAUACAACGGGCAGGCGCCGCUUUUUGUGCAGUAGCUCAUCCAACAUUGGAGCCUCCAACAAAUUGUCAAAAUGGAGGUGUAGAGCUGCAGGAUAACAAUGCUACCACCUGUCUUUGCCCCCCAGACUGGAGCGGGGAUAAGUGUGAGAUCGCAGUCUGUUACAAUGGCGGUACACCAAGAAACACUGGUGGCGGCUACUGGUGCAGUUGCCCCUCUGGUUUUACCGGAAGCCACUGCGAGACAGUGUUGUGCUUGGUGGAAGGACCAGAAGAACCUUUUUCACCGAUAAAUCGUGAUAUAGUUUUUGUUGUUGAUAUGACUCUCUAUGGAGCAGGAUUACUGGAUGCACUGAACAAUUACAUGAAUACCCUUAUCAGGGAUAUUAGACUUCAUCACCAAGAAUGGAUUGCAAACUAUGUUCUCGCCGGAUACAACUCAACCUGUACGCCUCUGCGGAGGCAGCUUAAAAAGGUUGUGAAAUGCAUUCUUUUAGGGUUUGGUAUUCUAUAUGCUGCUAGAAGAAACGACUAUACGUCAUUUAUUCAGGCCGUAAAUGAUGCAUAUAAUACUUUGACUAUUAAUAAAGAUCGGGAAUGUCGAUCAAAACUAUAUUAUGCCCUUGCUGAAGCGUUGGAUUUCGUUCGUGAAGAUAGCUAUGUCGUCAUUUUGCACAAGAGAUUUGAGACAAAAUAA